AUGCACAUGACUGCUUCUCCCGUUCCGCUCAACCUUGCCCCGCUGCCACGGGCCUCGGCUCCGCCCCUGCUCUGCAGAUCAAGGCUGCCUCCUGCCACCCUCGCCUCCUACAAGCCCGGCCCCUCCUCCUACCCCUUCUUUCCAGGCAAGCUCACCCUCGGCCAGAAGCUCGACAUCGUCCGCCGCAGCGAGGCGCCCAAGCACGACCUCGACUACCGCUCGCCGUCAGAGCUGGCGCGCAUGUACGGCAAGAGCCGGUCGUCCAUCUCCAAGAUCCUCAGGCCGACCUACGUCCGGAGGCUCAAGCAGCUUGCGGCCAGCGGCGUGUCGACGGACAUCAAGCGGAGCACGAGCACGCUGCACCCGGAGCUGGAGCGGCGGAUCCACGAGUACGUGGUGAGGACGGCGAGGGGGGCGAACUGGCGGCAGGAGGUGUGCAGGUACGCGGAGGAGGUAGCGGAGGAGCUGGGGAUCGAGGGCUUCAAGGCGAGCUUGAACUGGUACCACCGGUUCAUAGCGAGGCACUCGCUGAAGGGGGGGAGUGGGAGCGGGGGGACAAGACGGAAGUAA